AUGAACAGUAGCUCGUCGUCGCCGUCUCGGUCGUCGAUGUCGACGGCGGCGGUCGUCGGGGGGAGCGCGAGCAACGCCACCUUGUCCGCGGAGGAGUUCCCCGAUCCCAUCUGCGUCCACGACCGCAAGGGCGAGGCGAUGCGAGUUCUGAAAGCUGAUCUGAAGGCUGCAUUGGACAAGGAGGUGAAAUCCAUGGAUGAGGAGAGCUGGAAGUUCGAUGGACCGCGGUCUCGCAUCAACCUCUUGUCUAAACCAGGUGGAUUUCUUCCCAGACAAAUGGCAAUAACUAGGCAUAAGGACUCAGCUUCUGCAAAGUAAUUCAGACAGUCUUUUUGGCUGGUGACGCGUUGUGUCAGUGAUCGAUCAGAGACUAGUUUCUUGGAUUACUGCUGAAGUAACUCAAGCACUUCUAUUGGCGAACUUCAUUCUAGGUAGUGUCACUACUGCAUAAGUAUGUGUAUCGGUUUGUCCUGAGAUGCAAUAAUUUUGCACAAGCUUGAAUUAGUAAUCAAGAAAACAGAGUGAUCUGCUGGUGUAUUUUAUAGUUUUCUUGGAAUCACUCUCUCUCUCUCUCUCACAGAGCCAUAGAGAGAUUAUGAAGAUGAGAAGGUCAAAAGAGAUGUAAUUCGCAAGGACAUUCGCUCUUAUGGUUUCUUUAGAAUUUUCAGUUCGUUGGUUUCUACUCA